UUGUAGCUCCUCCCCCGGCGGCAGGGGAGCUGCCACCCCGGAGGGACCCCGACCUGGGCAGCGGGGACCAGGUCCCCAGGAGCCUGUGGGUCAUUGAACCCCGUGCCAUGAUUACAUCUCUAAAGACCUGGAAUCCGGGCACCGCUGCCUCUGCCAGGGCCCCGUGGAAAGGAAGCUGUGCCCAGGACAGUGGGGAUCCUGUGAUGGCCAGCCCCGCCUCUCCGUGCUCCCGCCCUUUCCCACACGCCAGCCAGGGGAGGUGGAGAACUGGGCUCAGUAAGGAUACCCUUGGUGGCGGAGAAGAGGAUUCAGGUCAGACCUCUACCCAACCGACCCUAGCUCAGCGCCAAGCCCUCAGCGUGGACUGGUCUGGUCCUGGGAGUCCUCGGAGACUCUACCUGACUGUCCAGGCACUGCAGGACAAGGUGUGUGCAUGCAAGAGUCAGGAGAAGAAGGAGGAGAAGCAGCGGAAGAGGCCGGCACUGGCCCCCAAGCGGGCCCAAGACUUGGCCCAGGCAAAGGAAGCCCACACCAUGAAUGUUGAGAAACCAGGUGGGAGGCUCUUUGGCGGUGGGAAGUGCUCAGGCCUACCUGGGGCCCGCCAGUUACCCAUGAUCCAGAAGAUGGUGGAGUCCAUGGCCCAGCUCCAGGAAGAGAAGGGCCGACUGCAGGAGCAGUUAAUGGCGUUGCAGAGAAAGCUGACCCUUCGGGAGAACGACCAGCAAACUGUGUCCACACAGCUGCAAGCUCAGGUGGAAAAUCUGAAGGACAAACUCAUUGGCCAGGUCCAGGAAGUGAAUAGACUCCGUUCAGAGCUGGGAGGCACAGACUUGGAGAAACACCGGGAUCUCCUGAUGGUGGAGAAUGAGCGCCUGAGGCAGGACAUGAAGCGAUGCGAGGCCGAGCUGCAGGAGCUGAGAGCGCGGCCUCCCCCGUGCCCGGACUGCGAGCACAGCAAGGAGAGUGCCCAGCUGCGGGAGAAGCUGGCCCAGCUGCAGGUGGAGACGGAGGAGAACAAGGGCCGGCUGGCCGAGCUGGACCUGGAGGUGCAGCAGAAGACCAACCGUCUGGCCGAGGUGGAGCUGCGCCUCAAGGACUCCCUGGCCGAGAAGGCGGAGGAGGAGGAGAGGCUGAGCAGGCGCCUGCGGGACAGCCAGGAGACCAUCGCCACCUUGAAGGCUCAGCCUCAGCCCAUCAAGUACAUCAUCAAGACGGUGGAAGUAGAUUCAUCCAAGACCAAGCAGGCCCUGUGUGAAACCCAAGCCCGGAACCAGUAUUUACAGGAGCAGGUGGGGAUGCAGAGACAAGUGCUGAAGGAAAUGGAACAGCAGCUUCAGAAUUCUCAACAGACGAUGGCCCAGCUCAAGGCCCAGAUCAUGAUGUAUGAGUCAGAGUUGGAGCGGGCUCACGGGCAGAUGCUGGAGGAGAUGCAGACCAUGGAAGAGGAUAAGAACCGGGCCAUUGAGGAAGCUUUUGCCAGGGCCCAAGUAGAAAUGAAGGCUGUACAUGAAAACCUGGCAGGUGUCAGGACCAACCUUCUGACUCUGCAGCCCGCCCUUCGGACCCUCACCAAUGACUACAAUGGCCUGAAGAGGCAGGUUCGAGAUUUCCCACUCCUGCUGCAGGAAGCCCUGAGGAGUGCCAGAGCAGAGAUUGGCCAAGCCAUCGAAGAGGUGAACAGCACGAACCGAGAACUGCUGAGGAAAUACCGCCGGGAACUCCAGCUCCGCAAAAAGUGUCACAAUGAGCUUGUGAGGCUGAAAGGAAACAUCCGUGUGAUUGGUCGGGUCCGACCGGUCACCAAAGAGGACGGGGACGGGCCUGAGGCUAGCAAUGCAGUGACCUUUGACUCCGAUGAUGAUGCUGUCAUCCACCUGCUACAUAAGGGAAAGCCCGUGUCUUUUGAGCUGGACAAGGUGUUUCCUCCACAUGCAACCCAACAAGAUGUGUUCCAAGAAGUCCAGGCACUGAUCACUUCAUGCAUUGAUGGCUACAACGUCUGCAUUUUUGCCUACGGACAGACGGGUGCUGGCAAAACGUACACGAUGGAGGGCACGAUUGAAAACCCCGGGAUCAAUCAGCGGGCCCUUCAGCUACUCUUCUCCGAGGUGCAGGAGAAGGCAUCAGAUUGGGAGUACACCAUCACGGUCAGCGUGGCAGAGAUUUACAACGAAGCCCUCAGGGAUUUGCUGGGAAAGGAGCCACAGGAGAAGCUGGAGAUUAAGCUGUGUCCGGAUGGCAGUGGCCAGCUGUACGUGCCGGGGCUGACGGAGUUCAAAGUGCAGAGUGUGGAAGACAUCAACAGGGUAUUUGAAUUUGGUCACACCAACCGGACCACUGAAUUCACCAACCUCAACGAGCACAGCUCUCGGUCCCAUGCCCUUUUAAUCAUCACCGUCCGGGGCACUGACUAUAGCACAGGGCUUCGGACCACUGGGAAGCUAAACCUAGUGGACCUGGCUGGGUCAGAACGUGUGGGCAAGUCUGGAGCAGAGGGCAGCCGGCUCCGCGAGGCCCAGUACAUCAACAAGUCUCUGUCGGCCCUGGGAGACGUGAUCUCUGCUCUUCGGUCCCGCCAGGGCCACGUGCCAUUCCGUAACUCCAAACUCACCUACCUACUCCAGGACUCCCUCAGUGGGGACAGCAAAACCCUCAUGCUGGUGCAGGUCUCCCCUGUGGAAAAGAACACCAGCGAGACCCUGUGUUCUCUGAAGUUUGCUGAGAGAGUGAGAUCCGUGGAGUUGGGCCCAGGGUCACGGAGGGCUGAGCUGAUGUCAUGGUCUAGUCAGGAGCACUUGGAGUUUGAUGGAGGCUCAGUCCAGACUCCGUCUUCCGCCCGGUCAUAUUCCUCUUCUAGUACUGGGGCUCCCAUUAGCCGGUCUAGCUCAAUCCGGAGGAAGCUGCAGACCUCAGCCUGAAUUCGGGGGUCUGUCUGGCAUGUUCCUCGGAAAGACAAAGCCAGUGCCAGUAUGAUACACCAGGAGCGCAACCAGGAUACACCAACAUCUGGGUGUCCAGUGCCCGGGAAAUCCGAGGGUGUGAGGUUGGAGGAAGGACACUGCGUACUGCUCACCUCCUCCCUUUCCACCCAGAAUCAAGGACCCUAAGUGUGCACAGACUGUUCUUAGGCCCGGGAAGGAGAGGGCUUCUCCUUUCUGCCCUAGACACUCUGCUUCUCCCCAGCCCUAUCCCCGACAGAUGUGAAAUUAGUUUUGAAGGAAAUGAAUCUUUUCCCCAGCCCAGACUUGAGGGAGCACCGAGAGUGUGUGUUGGUGUGUUGGGGGCUGCAAUGGGCCUGGCUGGACCGUAGGCACACCCCAGCCUGCAGGACUGACCUCCUCGCCCUGCCUGUGGGCUGCAAGCGUUUUAGGUUGCAGGGAGGCCACAUGGUCUUUGGGCUUCAAGUUGGCUCAUCUGGAGGCUUGUGUUAGUCCAGAUGAUGGGAGCUGGGCCUGGCCCUAGGAGCAGGUGCCCACCUUUCUGAUAGCUGACCUACAGUAUGAUCAGUGCUCUGACUCAGACCUAAUUGUGGACAGAGGUGGACAUUCCCUCGGGACCUCGGAGCAGCACGGUGGAAGAAGGCUUUGCCUACCUAUUCUGUCUUACAUCCUUGGGCCGUCCCGGGCCUCAUCUCUUAGCCCAAUUCCUGCCAACAGAUCCCCCGCCUAUGGGGGCCCCAGGGGUGGAACGCAACUCAUUUUGUGGGAUUGGCCUGGAGUUUGCUCUUUGUGGGUUUUUGGUUCAAAUGCCCCCUUAAAGCCAAUGGGCAAAGAGGAAACUUAGAUUUCCCUGUGAGGGAAAAAAGGGCCUGGGAACAUGGUGGCAUCAAGGAAUUAUCUUCAUUCAAUUAUGGGGGCUGCCACACCAUGGGCUCCUUAUAGCUGCACCUGAAGGCUGGAGGAAGGGGGCAGGAGACAUGGGCUUUCUCUAUGGCUUCUCCACCCCACCCCCUUUCCACAGUGAAUCUCCUUAUUCUAAGCCUACUGUCCUUCCCUACUCCUUGGAGCUACUCUCCUUCUUCUCCCCUCCAUUUCCAUCCAUCCACACGACUUGGUUUUCUGGAAAACCAUUAGCCUGCAGGACCCCAGAGGCUGCUCUAACCUCUUGUCCUUGCCAUGCAGAGGAGGGAGGCUGGGAAUGGCCAGGCUAAGACCUCCAUCAACAAUCUCAGAACUUUGUGGGGCGAGGGAAAGAUGAUUGGCUCCCGUCUCCUGGCAUAACAUCCUCUCAACCCUCGUUCUUUCUGUUUCCCAAGGGAAUGAUGCACUUUAUGGAAAAAGUCAACAGACUACCCCAUCCAAUCAUUGCGGAGGGAAUAGGUGACAAUUCCCCAGACAGGCUGGUUCAAAACAACAUGGGAGAUGGGGAAAAAUUGGCUUUCAAAAUGCAGGUGACUGGUGGGCAGGCAGCCAGGGGCAGUAUGCCCACAGCUGCAGGGAGGUCUGUCCCCUAAGCCCUCACCUGUGCAGAGAUCCCAGGGAGGGAAUCAUCUUACCCAGGGAGGGGGUUUCAGUCCUGAAACCCUAGCUUCCUUCUCAUUUCCUCCACCCUUCCCAGUUUCCUUAAGUUUAUAUUUGGUAAACCCAAGGGAGGGGAAGGGGCUAGAAACCCAAAAGACAAGGGGAGGGGGACAAGUAGCUAACUUCCCUCCAGGUGGGAAACAAAAGCAUGAAAAGUGAAUCUGUACAUACCUGUAUAUAGGUGUACAUAGACACCGCUGGAGAGUUAAUCUAAUCGGCGGAGAUAAAUUUUAAGUUUUUUUUCUCUCAAUCCCCCCCCCACCCCCAAGGCUGUUGCUGGACACAUAUUUAUAUCUCCCAGAGGCUCAGUGCCCUCAGGCUCAUUUUUUGUGAAGUUUGAUUGUUGUUUGUGACUCGACCCUCUUGGAGGCCAGGAGGUCCUUGGAGUGGCCAGGCAGUUUACGUCUCGAAUGCACUGGUUUCUCUUUUCCCACUACAGCCCUUUUUAAUGUUUCUCAUAAUUCCUAAUCAAGAUCUUUUGGAAUAUGAGCUGUUUUUACUGAUUUUAAUAAAGAGAGCUCUUUUGCACAAAUUA